AUGGACAUUAAAACAAAAUUACAAAUGAACCAAUCAGCAUCUAAAACUUACAAGAAAGAAAAUAUUGGCCUUGCAUCGCCUAAAACAGCGAUUAGUUUACUUAAAAAGAAUCUUGUAAGUUCGUCUAGAGGCACUAAGAACUUAGAAAAAAGCGCUCAUUCGUCUGAAAAAACUUUAAGACCACUUGACAAUCCUAGUUUUAAAUUAAAAGCCAAAAAUCCCCAAAACACCUCAAAAGCCAGCUUGAAAUUAGGAUCACCGUCAUCAAUUCAAAGUCUGAUAAAAGUUUAUUCCUCGCGCACAGAAUUAAAAAAAAAUGUGAGAGGAGCAGGAGUUCAAUCAGCAACCCAUAAUAACUCAGCAGCAUCCUUAAGCCACUUGAAUUUUUCCUUAAAAAACUCAGUAAUAUUAUCCCCAAAGCAGGAAACAGUAUUUCCAAUUACCCCAAAGGUCGCUUUAACUCAAUUUUUAUCAGAAUUAAGUGAAUACGAAAAAGGGGAAAUAUUGGAAUACCCUGAUAUUUACUAUUUUGGAAGAGGAAACUGCAAAAUUCAGCCAAAUCCUCUAGGAAGAAAUAGAGGAUACGAUGAUGAUAGAGCUGAUUAUUACUUGAUCAAAGGAGACCACAUUGCCUACCGUUACGAAAUUGUAAGCUUGUUAGGAAAAGGCAGCUUUGGGCAAGUUUGCUUGUGUUAUGAUUGGAAAAGGCAUGAACAAACAGCUUUAAAGAUAAUCAGAAAUAAAAAAAAAUUUCAUCAGCAAGCAACAGUGGAAAUCAGAGUUUUAAAGACUUUGCUAGAAAAUGACAUAGAAGAUAAAAACAAUAUUGUGAGGAUUCGAAAUUACUUUAUUUUUCGAAAUCACAUAUGCAUGACUUUUGAACUUUUGGGUUUCAAUUUAUACGAGCUUUUGAAGAAUAAUAAAUAUGAAGGCUUAUCACUAACCCUCAUUAGAAAAUUUGCAAUUCAGCUAUUAGUUGCCUUAAAGUACAUUAAAGAUGAGAAUAUAGUUCAUUGCGACUUAAAACCAGAAAACAUCCUAUUGCGCAGCAAUGAUAAAGCUUUUAUCAAAGUGAUUGAUUUCGGAUCAUCAUGCUUUUUAAACGAAAGAGUUUAUACCUAUAUUCAAAGCCGCUUCUACAGAGCACCUGAAAUAAUAUUAGGAAUCCCUUAUACGAUGGCAAUCGAUAUGUGAUCGUUUGGCUGCAUUAUGUUUGAGCUGUAUACAGGGCAGCCUUUAUUCCCUGGCGAAAGUGAGCAUGAACAGCUUAUUUUGAUCAUGGAAGUCUGUGGAGUACCUCCUGCUAACGUGUUAGAGCAAAGUACGAAAUUCGAUAUGUUUUUUAGUGAAAAUAAUGAGCCUAAAAUCAUCCAAAAUAAGCAUGGAGUUAUGAGAUAUCCGGGAACCAAAAAUUUAGAGCAGUUAUUGAAUUGUUCGAAUGAGCAGUUUUUUGAUUUCAUUAAGAAAUGUUUGGAUUUCGAUCCAGAGACAAGAAUCACCCCAGUUGAAGCUAUGGAGCACCCAUGGAUAAUUGACUCUGGGCAGAAGUCAAAGAAAAAAAUCCAUUUGAAUCGUAGGCCAAAAAAUUAG